GUGAGGCGGCGGCGGCCCAGCGCGGCCGAAGAGGACGGAGCAGCGCCGUGCAGAGCGGGGAUGCUGGCUAGGCUGUCCUGGUGCCUGAUACCCUUCUGUGGGCCUCGAGAGUAGGACAUCGGCGCUGCCUUCCCAUGCAGACCCACAGGGGUCCUUGGUGAAUUUUGUCAUGGUUAUUUAAGGAACCUCGUCUAGAAGUCCCAACGCGCAGUUCCCCAUCGACGGGAAGGCUUGGACUCCAAGAUGAUUAUAAAGGAAUAUCGGAUUCCUCUGCCGAUGACCGUGGAGGAGUACCGCAUCGCCCAGCUGUACAUGAUACAGAAGAAGAGCCGGAACGAGACGCACGGCGAAGGCAGCGGCGUGGAGAUCCUGGAGAACCGGCCGUACACAGACGGCCCCGGUGGCUCCGGGCAAUACACGCACAAGGUGUACCAUGUGGGCAUGCACAUCCCCAGCUGGUUCCGCUCCAUCCUGCCCAAGGCAGCCCUGCGGGUGGUGGAGGAGUCCUGGAACGCCUACCCCUACACUCGAACCAGGUUCACUUGCCCUUUUGUGGAGAAAUUCUCCAUCGACAUCGAGACCUUUUAUAAAACCGAUGCUGGAGAAAACCCCAACGUUUUCAGCCUGUCUCCUGUGGAAAAGAACCAGCUGACAAUCGAUUUCAUCGACAUUGUCAAGGACCCCGUGCCCCCCAAUGAGUAUAAGACGGAAGAGGACCCCAAGCUGUUCCACUCGACCAAGACCCAGCGGGGGCCCCUGUCAGAGAACUGGAUCGAGGAGCACAGGCAGCAGGCGUUCCCCAUCAUGUGCGCCUACAAGCUCUGCAAGGUGGAGUUCCGCUACUGGGGCAUGCAGUCCAAGAUCGAGAGGUUCAUCCACGACACGGGCCUGCGGAAGGUGAUGGUGAGGGCCCACCGGCAGGCCUGGUGUUGGCAGGAUGAAUGGUACGGGCUGAACAUGGACAACAUCCGGGAGCUGGAAAAGGAGGCCCAGCUCAUGCUGUCCCGCAAGAUGGCCCAGUUCAAUGAGGAGGACAAAGGGGCCGCGGAGCUGGCCAAGAAUGAGGCUGCCCAGGACCAGGCCUCUGGGGAGCCCUCCCAGCCCAGCAGCAGCGGUGGGGAGCCCCUGGCGGGCAGGGGUCUGAAGAAGCAGUGGUCCACAUCCUCCAAGUCAUCUCGGUCAUCCAAGCGGGGAGCGAGUCCUUCCCGUCACAGCAUCUCGGAGUGGAGGAUGCAGAGUAUCGCCCGGGACUCAGACGAGAGCUCGGACGACGAGUUCUUCGAUGCUCAUGAGGACCUGUCUGACUCAGAGGAAAUGUUCCCCAAGGACAUCACCAAGUGGAACUCCAAUGAUCUCAUGGACAAAAUCGAAAGCCCUGAGCCAGAGGACUCACAGGAUGGUCUGUACCGCCAGAGCACCCCCGAGUUCAGGGUGGCCUCCAGCGUGGAGCAGCUGAACAUCAUCGAGGACGAGGUCAGCCCUCCGCUGGCUGCACCGCCCUCCAAAAUCCAUGUGCUGCUGCUGCUGUUGCACGGAGGCACCAUCCUGGACACGGGUGCCGGGGACCCCAGCUCGAAGCAGGGAGACGCCAACACCAUCUCCACUGUGUUCGACACCGUCAUGCGCGUGCACUACCCCAGUGCCCUGGGCCACCUCGCCAUCCGCCUGGUGCCCUGCCCGCCCAUCUGCUCUGAUGCCUUCGCCCUCGUCUCCGACCUCACCCCCUACAGCCAUGACGAAGGCUGUCUGUCCAGCAGCCAGGACCACAUCCCCUUGGCUGCCCUGCCCCUGCUGGCAACCUCCUCACCCCAGUACCAGGAGGCCGUUGCCACAGUGAUUCAGCGAGCCAACCUUGCCUAUGGGGACUUCAUCAAGUCCCAGGAGGGCGUGACCUUCAACGGGCAGGUCUGCCUGAUCGGGGACUGUGUCGGAGGUAUCCUGGCGUUCGAUGCCUUAUGCUACAGCAACCAGCCGGUGUCUGAGAGUCAGAGCAGCAGCCGCCGGGGCAGUGUGGCCAGCGUGCAGGACGCUGACUUGCUGUCCCCCGGCUCGACGGUCAAUGCGGCACAUGGCAGCAACCUGGAGAGCAGCCGGCAUCUGAGCCGCAGCAACAUCGACAUCCCCCGGAGCAACGGCGCUGAAGACCCCAAACGGCAGCUACCCCGCAAGAGGAGUGACUCGUCCACCUAUGAGCUGGACACCAUCCAGCAGCACCAGGCCUUCCUGUCCAGCCUCCAUGCCAGCGUGCUGAGGAACGAGCCCAGCUCCCGCCGCUCGAGCAGCUCCACCAUGCUGGAUGGUGCAGGGGCCGUGGGCAAGUUCGACUUUGAGGUCGCUGACCUCUUCCUUUUCGGGUGCCCCCUGGGGCUGGUCCUUGCCUUGAGGAAGACGGUCAUCCCCUCACUGGAUGUUUUCCAGCUGCGGCCCGCCUGCCAGCAAGUCUACAACCUCUUCCACCCCGCUGACCCGUCGGCCUCGCGCCUGGAGCCGCUGCUGGAGCGGCGAUUCCACGCCCUGCCGCCUUUCAGCAUCCCCCGCUACCAGCGCUACCCGCUGGGGGACGGCUGCUCCACGCUGCUGGUCGAGACCGUGCAGAGAAACCCCGAGCUGGUCUUGGAGGGCGGCCCCCUGGCCCCUCUCCCUCCCAGGGACGGCUUCCUGGAAACCAGUAUCCCCGUGCCCGCGCUCACCUCGCAAGACGGGCCCCGCCCGGGCUGCGCUGAGUCAGAGGCACUCCAGGCCCACAACACGGUCUUCCAAGAGCACGCGGCCCCCUCCUCACCUGGCUCAGCCCCCAGCACCCGAGGUUUCCGCCGGGCCAGCGAGAUCAGCAUCGCCAGCCAGGUGUCAGGCAUGGCUGAGAGCUACACGGCAUCUGGCAUCGCCCAGAAGGCCCCAGCUCCACUCAGCCACACCCCCAGCGUCAGGCGCCUGUCCCUACUUGCCCUCCCCCAUCCAGCCCCCUCCACCCUGGGCAAACGGGAGAGGGCCCCUCGCCUCCCCGACUUGGACAUCCGUGAAGUUGCUGCGAAGUGGUGGGGCCAGAAGCGGAUCGACUAUGCCCUGUACUGCCCCGACGCCCUGACGGCCUUCCCCACCGUGGCCCUGCCCCACCUCUUCCACGCCAGCUACUGGGAGUCAACGGAUGUGGUCUCCUUCCUGCUGAGACAGGUCAUGAGGCACGACAACUCCAGCAUCUUGGAGUUGGACGGCAAGGAGGUCUCGGUGUUCACCCCCUCGAAGCCGAGAGAGAAGUGGCAGCGCAAGAGGACCCACGUGAAGCUUCGGAAUGUGACAGCCAACCACCGGAUCAAUGACGCGGUCGCCAAUGAAGAUGGCCCACAGGUCUUGACGGGCCGGUUCAUGUACGGGCCCCUGGACAUGGUCACCCUGACCGGGGAGAAGGUGGACGUCCACAUCAUGAUGCAGCCGCCCUCAGGUGAGUGGCUGUACCUGGACACGCUGGUGACCAACAGCAGUGGGCGUGUCUCCUACACCAUCCCUGAGACCCAUCGCCUAGGUGUGGGUGUCUACCCCAUCAAGAUGGUGGUCAGGGGAGACCACACGUUUGCUGACAGCUACAUCACCGUGCUGCCCAAGGGCACGGAGUUCGUGGUUUUCAGCAUCGAUGGCUCCUUUGCUGCCAGCGUGUCCAUCAUGGGCAGCGACCCCAAAGUGCGGGCUGGGGCUGUGGACGUGGUGCGGCACUGGCAGGACCUGGGCUACCUCAUCAUCUACGUGACUGGCCGGCCUGACAUGCAGAAGCAGCGGGUGGUAGCGUGGUUGGCUCAGCACAACUUCCCCCACGGCGUGGUGUCCUUCUGUGACGGCCUGGUGCACGACCCGCUGCGGCACAAGGCCAACUUCCUGAAGCUGCUCAUCUCCGAGCUGCACCUGCGCGUGCACGCGGCCUACGGCUCCACCAAGGACGUGGCGGUCUACAGCUCCAUCAGCCUGUCCCCCAUGCAGAUCUACAUCGUGGGCCGGCCCACCAAGAAGCUGCAGCAGCAGUGCCAGUUCAUCACCGAUGGCUACGCGGCCCACUUGGCUCAGCUCAAGUACAACCACCGGGCGCGGCCAGCCCGCAACGCGGCCACCCGCAUGGCGCUGCGCAAGGGCAGCUUCGGCCUGCCGGGCCAAGGCGACUUCCUGCGCUCCCGGAACCACCUGCUCCGCACCAUUUCGGCCCAGCCCAGCGGCCCCGGCCCCCGGCCGCACGAGCGGACGCAGAGCCAGGCGGACAGCGAGCAGCGGGGACAGCGCAGCAUGAGCAUGGCGGCCGGCUGCUGGGGCCGCACCUUGGCCGGCCGGCCAGAGCCCGGCGCAGCCGCGGGCCCCAAGUAGGGCACCGGGAGUGAGGCGCUGUGGUCUCCAUGGUGCUAGGCCAGGGCGGCCCGCCCUGCCAGGAGGCCUGGCCUGGGCACUUACGGUCGGCUGGGGCAAAGCUCGUCCCAGGGCCCGGCAGAGGACACGGGCUGUGCCAGACACAGCCCUCCCAACCCAACCUCACACUUUAGGGUUUGCGGGGUUCCAGCUAGUCGUGGAAGUUGGCAGGACGACCAUCCCUGGGAAGACCCGGGGACCAGGACUCCCAACGUGGACUGGCCAGGAGGCGCUCCUGGACGCUUGCCCUGCAUUGACGUCCCGCAUUCUGAUGCCAGGCCUGGGCACCUCCCAUCCAUUUGCUCGCCCUGACCCCCAGGUCCCCUCCCACUUGGUAGCAGCUGCAACAGGGGGACAGCCUGCUUCUUGUUGACUCGAGUUACUCAACUGACCUCACUGGUUUUGCACUGAUUUUUGAGAGUGGAGAUUCAUCACCAUCUCCUAUGGCUACAGACUCAUGGACAUGCAUGAAAAUUCAUCGUUUGCCCAUCCAAGACCUGCCACCUCACAGAAGGCUCCAGGGCGGAGAAUCCUUGUACAAAUAGGAGAGAAAGGCCAUAUCAUAAUUUCUGCCGCCCUGCCUGGCCCAUGAACCCAUGGCAGCCCCAGACCCCAGCCUCUUCCACCUGCCCCACCUGGAGCCCAGUUCAGCCGUGGGCCUGGAGCCAUCUCUGCCCUGGGCACAGGUCAGGCUGCCAGGUCAGUCGGUGAAGCCAAGUGGCUCCUGAGAAGCCUCGCCUGGGGCUGCGGGGCCUGGACAGGCCUGGCCUCUUCUCCUCGCCUGCCAUCAGCCAAGGCUCCACGCCUCGGCCCUCCCUUCCGCGUUUCUACACCUUUCUACUUCUCCAAUCUGAUUUCUAUGAGGUUUUUUUAAACGAGCAAUCCUUGGCUGCUUCCUUUUCUUAACUCUUUCUGUACCAGACGCAGCCCCUCCACAUGAAAACACCCAGCACUGUGACGGAGUCCAGCCUGGUUCUGGGUCCCAGGGCCCUGUCCGCUGCCCAGGCAGCGGGGCGUGGCCUCUCUGCCUCACCGGAGCCCCGUUAAUUCCACAGAAUUUCUACUCUGGGGUGAAUGGGGCACACCCUUAGUUUUUUUUUUUUUUAAUGCCAAUUCCGUUUCAAUGCUGAAUCUAAGAAGCCACAACUUGCUUAGUUAGCUUAAGGGCAGGCAGCCAUGACUACAUUUCCCACCUGGUAAGGACCAUGCUGUCCUGUGCGCUGGGUCUGAGCAUCAGCCCUCCCUCCCCAGAACUGACCGCCAUCUCAGCUGUGGCCUUGGCUCCAGGCGGCCCCUCUGCUGCUCCUCCACCCGCUUCAUGACAGGGGAGCCUGCCAGGCCUUAGCCAGCCGUCCAACAUCCAGGCUCCUUCUGUGAGAAGCGGCUGCCAACCUGGAUACAGCCUCGGGGCCUCAUGGGCUGGGAUGGUGAGGCACGCAGACGGAUGUUAACAUUUUCCCGUGUGUAGAUAUGUACAGCCAAAGGGUCAUGUAAAUGUUCUGCAAAAGUGGGUCUGUACAGAGUGAAAGCUAUUUAUUUUGUGCAGAGAAAAAUGUCUGGAGGGAUGGGACCUUCAGGAUUUAUUAAUAUUUAAGAUGUAGCUUUUUGUUUCCGGCAUUAUGUAUAAAGCGACGAUUAUUUUAUGGACCAAGUUUUAAUGUAACUGUUGCAGUGAAAGUGCAAUAUCUAACCCCCUGCUCCCAGCAGGAAACACUCGGCCCGACAAUCACAGCCCCAGCCAGGGGCCCCGUGGCCAGUGCCUCCUCCUGUCGGUCCCACCUCACCCCAUCUCGCCUGUCGCCUCGGUGAGCAGCCAUCCGGAUGGAGGAGCACCUGCAAGAGUCUCGGCCCGCCUGCAAUAAAGGCCUGGAGGCCGCCAGCCCCAGGAGCCUGGGUGGGCAGUGAGCUCGGCCUCUCCCAGUGGGCCGCUGCCCCACAGCUCCGAGCUCCCCGCCUGCCUACCCAGCUGCCAGCCAUGCCAAGGACAACAGCAAUAGUCUGGGCCUCUCCCAGCGGCCCUCAGCCAUAGAUGGUGAGGUGGGCAGCCCACCCUCCCCGUGGACGUCUCUCUUCUAUAUCCAGGUCGGCUUCCUGCCUCCCUUCAGAUUCCUCUUGGCACAUUAUCCUCUUAAGGAAGCACCAGUUUUUCAGAAACUAAGAGAGGGAGGACAGAGUCCUUUAAAAAUACCAAAAAUGUUUACAGCAUUGGGUGCUGAGCUGCAGGGCUCAGGCCCGACCAGUCAUAACCAAAGGGUGAGGCAGGCCUUGCUGACUGCCACCCCACCCCAGGCCUGUUAGAGUAGAAGCCUUAGUCCCAGCCCCCCCACCCCCAGGACUGAGCCUCAGCCCGCCACUCCCAGACCCCACCACCUGCCUUCUCUUUGAUUUCUAAAGAGGGAUUCUGCAGAGACCCCAUGCCCCCUUCCCAGCUCGGUCUGAACCGCCUGCCUGCCCACCUGCCAUGUUGCAGCCUUCACGUCUCAACCCGUCUGUCUGUCUUGUCUGUCUGGGCCGCCUGUGAGCAGUGUCCCGACGUAUCCCCGCCCGCCCUUGCUGUCCCUGC